AUCGCUUCGUUUGACCAUUCGCACUCGCCGCCAAAUCAGUCUCAGUCAGUCCGUCUGAUCGGCCGAGAGACCAUGCCCGCGCAGCUGCCUCGCUGAUUUUGAAUUUUUUCCCGCGAUUAUCGCUCGACUUGUCGGCGAAUCGUUCGUUAGUGCGUUUUUACCCGUUCGACCGUCGAAUUUGUGCCGUGCUUUCCCUCUGGUUAUUUGCAGCCGUCUCAGGUUUGCUCCGGAGAAAUGAUAAAUUACACGGAUGAACAUGUCGCAAUUAUCAGGAAAUGGCUCGAGGAAGAGCCCAACUUGCCGGGUGACUUCGAGGAGGCGAUGAUCAAAAGAUUCUUACACUGCUGCAGCAAUGACAUCGAGCGGACAAAAAAAGUUAUGAAACUUUUUUUCAACUGUAGACUGAACUUCAAAGAAUUCUUUGGAAACGUAGAUUUUCACUCAGAUCAAGUGCAGCGUAUCCUCACAGCAAUAGAUACCUUACCGCUUCCAAGGAGGACGAAAGAAGGGUACCAAGUCUACGUCACAAGACUGAGAGAUACGAAUCCCGACAAUUUCAAUCUGGCCGACUACAGCAAAAUGUUCUUCAUGAUGCACGACACCAGAAUGAGGACUGAAGAUAUUCCAGCGGGCGAUGUUCCUAUUUUAGACAUGGAAGGAUUUAGUUUUAAGCAUCUCACUAAAUUAAUUUUCAACUUCGGCACUUUGAAGAAGUACCUACUGUAUAAUCAGGAAGCUCAUCCGGUAAAACUAAUGCAGGUUCACAUAGUCAACACUAAUGGACUGUUACACAAGGCGUUUAGCCUCGUUAAACCGUUAUUGAACCCACACGUCAAAGAUAUGCUACACUUUCACACUCCAGGAUCGGAUACCAUUGACGAGUUUGUUCCCAAAGAUUUAUUACCGAAAGAGUACGGUGGUAACACAGGAAGCGUAGAUGAACUGAAAGAAAUCUGGGUGAAAAAAAUAAAGGAACAAGCCGAAUGGUUAGCGAUUGAAGACAGGUGGAAGGAAAUACCUCCGGAGAAGUUAAACAAACAAAUUGAUUUGGAGCAAUCAUUCAGUAAAAUAGAAUUCGAUUAGAUUGUAAGUUGUUGUUGUAAAUUGUUCAUUUCUUUUAACUCGUUGAUUAUGUGUUUCCUUUUUUUCUGAGAAAAAACAGGGAGAAAAGAUGUGAUGUAUGUACCUAUUUAAGUAAAUUAUACAUUUUUUAGUGAUUUUUGUUUUACUAUGUGAAUAAAAAAAUAUUCUUU